UCGCGAACAAUCUUGCUCGUUCCAAUCCAGCUUUACUUUUAUUGGAUCUGUUCGUCUUAUUUCACCAAUCUCAAGCUGCACUAUACCUAAGCAAAAAUUCAACAUGGCAACCAACGGGUCGUCCGCGGCGGCAUCGCAAGUCAACCCAAGCGAAACCACGGUGGCCGACAAUGGCACAACGCCGAGGACAAAGAUCUGUGUGUACUGCGGAGCAUCGGCUGGUUACAACCCGGCGCACAUGGAAGCGGCUCGUCAGCUGGCGAGAGUUAUGGCAGCAAACAAAAUCGCUCUGGUCUAUGGCGGCGGAACCGUAGGUCUGAUGGGGGAGGUCGCCAAAACCCUCGUGGCCCUAUCCGGCCCUGACUGGGCCCACGGCAUCAUCCCCGAAGCCCUCGUCAAGUACGAACGUGACGGGACCUACCAGAGCGUCGAUGCCAACGAAAUGCAGAUCCCCGAGGAGUCCGUCUACGGACGCACCACCGUCGUGAAGGACAUGCACACCCGCAAGCGCAUGAUGGCCCAGGAAGUCAUCGCCGGCGGCCCCGGCUCCGGCUUCAUCGCCCUCUCCGGCGGCUUUGGCACCAUCGAGGAGGUCCUCGAGACGACCACCUGGGUUCAGCUCGGCAUCCACGAGCGCGGGAUCUGUCUCCUCAACAUUGACGGCUUCUUCGAUGGCAUCCUGGCGUGGGUCCGUCGCGCCGUCGACGAGGGCUUCAUCAAGGGUGGCAACGCUGACAUCCUCGUGACUGCCUCAACCGCCGAAGAGGCUGUUCGCGCCUUGCAGUAUUUAGAGGUCUCCCUGGAUCUGUCCGAAUCCAUUGGCGAAGUACCAGCAUGGUGAGAUAGGAUGAGAUGGGAUUAGAUCAUGUUUGGGCAUGCAUCUGGGUGCUUUUAUCAGGCGGCGGUAGAGGUGAAGGUCGUGUUAUGCCACCGCAUUGUGCUCCUCGGUCCGUCUUAACUCUCUGGGUUAUUCCUUCUUUUCUGUAACGCUUA